AUGAUGUUGUUUGUGUCGCUUCCAUGGCCUCGGAACAAAUCACAAGCACAGACCAGAGCGCUUCGUCGGAUAUUCAUAUUGAAACCUCGACAUAACAGGCUCUUUUGUACAGUGCGAGAACCAGCCUGGGCGCAGACGAGGCGAGCGUUUCUCCGUACCCUUGGGACACUGAGCGGUGGACUGCUGCUCAGCAGCUUGCUCUCGCUUCGUGCGCCAGCCGCGGUAGAGGCUUUGCAGGGAGUCAAUCGCCCAGACCUCCUGCCUUCUGGUCCGGUUCAGAAGCUAAUUGACCGGGAGCGUUUCCUGGUCAGCGGCCAGCGCCGUAGGUUGCAACGCGAAAUCGACGCUCUAGAGGAAGCGUGCGGAGUCAAGUUUCGAAUACUCACGCAGCGCUACCCUGAGACACCUGGUUUAGCCAUCAAAGACUACUGGGGUGUUGACGCGAACACUGUGGUCAUGGUGGUGGACUAUUUCGGCGGCGUCGGAAACGUGCUCAAGUUCAACAUCGGGGCGAAUGUGGACAAAAGCAUUUCCCCGCGUUUCUGGAGUCGAAUAUCCAGUAAAUAUGGGAACAAGUUCUAUUUAGAAGAGAAUGGGAUAGAUCAGGCGAUUCUGAGUGCUUUCGAGGAAGCAGCGGAAGAAAUCAGAUCGACCUGCAAAGACGCUAUGAUUUAG